CUGCUCUGCGGAAGAAGCUGGAAACUCUAACAGAAACAAUAAUUCAGGAAGAGAACACAUUUCUUUCUUCAGUAGUGAGAGAAGAUAAGGAAUUGCAUAGCUUUGUGGGAAGCAGUUGUUAAUUAAACAGUGUUAUUGUAGUUCAAGUAAAAGUGCCAGCAGUGCUAAAUGAUACAGGAACACCCGUAUUAGAAGUAUGCACAGUGUCAAGGCGGUUGCGUUACUUUUCGUUUGUUCACUGUAUAUUAGUCGUGCAGAUUACUAUGAGGAUAUACUCGGCUUGGAAAACGAUAGAUUCAUGACCCCCGAUGACAACCUACCAGAUGCCUUAGAAACGUAUCAGAACAUUCAAAAGAAAUCGUAUAAGAGAUACAAGCUCCGGGUAUGCCGAGAUUGGAACAACCGGUGCUCCCCUUGGACGAAUAGACCGAUUUGGCGCUGCUGUAACGGGCUCUCCUGCAAAUGUAACUUAUGGGGCCAGAAUUGUCGCUGCAGUUCCAAAAUAUGGGGACGCUAAAACAGAAAGGAUCCGAAACUCAUGACUUGUUCUGGUUUAAACAUACUCGUUGUAUAGUUGAUGGAUAAAAGGGGAUUACAUUGUUAAUUUGUUCAACUGAUCUGCAGUGUUUUUACGUGUUGAACUUACAUAUGACCUCCUUACUUAUACACGUGUCUGGAUGCACGUGCUUUAUGUGCCCUCAGUGCGGACCGGCAACUUGUUUUGUAAUAUGUAUUUCACAUGUUCUCAUGUAAAAUAAUAACAUGAAUCUGAUGCAUUCUGACAGCGUUGUCAUUAUCAUUCCGAUUAUGAUGAAAGUACAUUUCAUGAAUUAAAGCAAAAUCACUAAAUAACUUUAGAAUAUGCAACAGCAUAUUGACUUUAAUGACGGAAGUAGGUAUACAUGUAGUUCAUACAGAGCUCAAAAGGAAUUGAGUACACCAAGAAAAAUGCAUAACAACGAACGUCUACCCGCUUUAAAAUUCCGAAGGGUUAAGGUCACUGCAUGUUGACUUUAUUAAUGUAAGAAGGAAUACAUUUAGUUCAUAAAGGGCUAAAA